AUGUUUGCCGGCUUCGAAUCCUUCAGCAUCACCACCGAGACCGUCCCCGCCGUCACCAUCUUCGGGCGUCUCCGUCGAAAUGCCACCUCUCGCCUGCCGCCGAUCCUCUUCCUGCACGGCUUCCCGCAGAGCCACCACAUCUGGGAGCAAGUCUCCUCGCAGCUCGUGCAGACCUACACGGUCGUGCUCAUGGACCUGCGCGGCUACGGGGCCUCGUCCAAGCCGGGCAAGGUGCAGCACUACGCCAAGAGCGCCAUGGCGCGCGACUGCAUCCGCGUCAUGGACGCGCUGGGCCUCGGCGGCGGCUUCUUCGUGUGCGGGCACGACCGCGGCGCGCGGGUCGCGCACAAGCUGUGCGUCGACUUUGCCGGGCGCGUGCGCCGCGCGCUGCUGCUCGACGUGUGCCCGACGCUGGCCAUGUACGCGUCCACCGACCACCGGCUCGCCGCCGCCUACUUCCACUGGUUCUUCCUCAUCCAGCCCGAGCCGCUGCCCGAGGCCAUGAUAAGCGGCUGCGCCCGCCGCUUCGGCGAGUUCUGCCUCGGCAUCGAGCGCGAGCAGGACCGCGCCGCGUUCGGCGCCGGCUGCCUCGAGUACUACCUCGCCAUGCUGGAGAGCCCCGAGACCGUCCACGCCAUGUGCCAGGACUAUCGCGCCAGCGCCACGCUGGAUCUGGACGAGGCGCGCGAGGAUCUUGCGAGGGGAAGGCUGGUUUGCUGUCCGCUGCGCGUGCUCUGGGCCGGACAGGGCGUCAUCGAGACGUGCUUCGAUCCGCUGAGGGAGUGGCGCGCGGUGACGGCGGACGGUACGGCGGUGGAUGGGCAGAGGCUCGAUGCGGACCAUUUUAUCCCGGAGAGCUGUCAUGCCACACUUGUUGUCGUCACGCACCUGGCAUCGUGGUCAUGCAGCGAGGUCAUGCAGCGCCACAAUGGCCACACUUCGGCGGCGCCCGCGGGGAAAGUGCUAUGCAUUAAUCGCAAGUCACUGGAACUGCACAUUGCCGGCAGCAGCCCUCUACGAAUCGCCAUCAUGCAAGGCGAAACAAAAAUCAUCACAUGCGCGGGAACGCCGUACGAGAUUGGCCUUGCCCAUGGCUCUGGCGCCGCAGCCGAGAUCCACGGCAACAUCGCCAUCUAUGCCGACUUCUUCCAAGACCGGGCCAAGAUCAGCUGGGCGCAAGCCCGGGAGCGCGCAUCGGCGUACCUGCCCCUCCUGUCCGCCAAGUACCCCGAGAUACUCGACGAAAUGAGGGGCAUCGCGGACGGCGCCGGCCAGGGCCUCACGAUGCCCGACAUCCUCACGCUCAACACGCGGAGCGAGCUCGGGCUCACCAACGUCGCGGACGGAUGCACCUGUCUGAGCCAGCAGGGCCCGGACGGGCGCAUCUUCCUCGCGCAAAACUGGGACUGGCUGCCGGUGCACCUCGUGGUGCUGCACAUCGUCCCCGCGACGUCGCCGCUGCAGCUCCAGUUCAUGUCCGAGGCCGGGCUCGUGGGCAAGAUCGGGCUCAACUCGGCCGGCGUGGGCACGCUGCUCAACGGGAUCCUGGCCGGCGCGCUGAGUACGGCCCGGCUGCCGAUCCACGUGCUGCUGCGCCGCGUGCUGCAGUUCGCCGCCUCGUUUGCCGAGGCGCUCGCCGUCAUGGACGCGUACGGGCUGGCGAGCACGUGCAACAUUGUCGUGGCCGACGCCCAGGGCCGCGCCGCGAGCGUCGAGUGCUCGCCGCGCGGCAACGCCGUCAUCCCCCUGCAGGGCGAGCCGUUUCCGUCGGUCGGGCACACGAACCACUUGUACGCCAUCAAUAGCCGCUUUGGUGUUGUCGAUUACCCGGAGCACAAUUCCUUCACUAGACUGGCCAGGCUGCGCGAGCUGACGAUGCUGGAUCGCGAGAAUGGCGUGCCGCCGAGCUUUGACAGCAUACGAAUGAGGCUGUGCGACCGGCAGGGCGCGCCGUACUCCAUCUGCCUGGAUGGGCCGUCCCACCAGGACGUCGGUUUGGACAGGGUGACGACGGUCAGCACCAUCAUCAUGGAGUUGAGCCGUGGAGUCGUGCAGUUGACGGUCGGAAGGCCAUGCGAUAGUCCCCCGGUCAUCGAGUGGGAAAUGAGUGUCGAAUAG